AUGGACUCACACACACCACACCCGCAAGGCUCCAUGAGCCCAGAACAAAGUUUUGUCAGUUACCACUAUCCCUCACGAUACUCUACGCCGGUCCGUGAGGACGACUCUUCAGUAUACGAACCCUCAACUGUGUAUUCUCAAAGAAGUGAUGUCUCGUUUCAGGCCAGUUACACCGGAGGUCUAGGCAUUACCAGCAAUCCUUACCGACCUCUGCCAGAUGAGGUUGGCUACAAUACUCACCUCCCAUACACACCCGAGGCAUCGCCUCCAGCACCUUGCCAGACCAGCGAUGCGAUCACCACUCGCAGUGGACUUAGUAUUGCUAAGAAGUCGCUCGCAACCAAGUCACCGGCAGUAAGGAGUGGUCGAGUUCAGAAAAGAAGCCGCGCCGAGAAAACCAAGAACGCAUCCAGUAUGCUCUCAAAGCCUCUUUCCGAAGCAGCCAAAGACUUCCCCGAUAUUCAUGUUGCUGAUAUCCAAACUUUUGUUCAACGAUCCACACAAGACAGGCUGGCUGAAACUUCGCUCAACAAGAAAGCUGGCCAGAUUAAACGGCCAAUGAAUGCUUUCAUGCUCUACCGGAAGGCAUACCAGGAAGUUGCCAAGACAAAAUGUGCUCAGAACAACCAUCAGAAUGUCUCAAAGGUCUGUGGUGCCGGUUGGGUUUUGGAACCAUUACACAUCAAAGAGGCUUUUGAUCAGUGGGCGAGGACUGAGCGUGUAAACCAUCAGCAGGCACAUCCUGGAUAUAAGUUUACACCCUCAAAGCCACGAAAGGUCCAACGUGAAGGAGAUGGGGAUGAGGAGUAUUCAGACAACGACUCGGAGUGGAACGCUGGACGCGGACUUUCAAGUGCAGUGCGCAAGUCCAGAUACCGUCGUACUACACGACUCAGCGAAGCUUCUUCUAACGUCUAUGGCUCUCCUGGUAACGCAAUGGGCGACGCAUCCUUGGCACCUUACCAUGACAUGUAUGCAUACCCACCGCCCGGCCGAUCUCAGGCCUCCCUUUACGACCAGAUGUCGCCCAAUCCCUACGAUAUGAGCAUGCGGCAGUACGGUGGCCUUAAAAUCAACGAAGGCAUUAUUAGCAGAACGCCUUCUCCCGCGAACUUCGAAUAUACGGUGCAUGGGCUAGAUGAAUUCCCCAACAACUACUAUGGACCUCUGGGACCAAACUUCGACAAUGCGGCCCCUCCCAUGUUCGGAACUGCUCCUUAUGAUGUGUACGAUGGGUUUCCUGCAAGCGUUCCUUUUGGACAAGAGAGUUGGACUACUCACAUGGGAAGCGGUCACGACUUGAUGCCAGUCAUGAGUGGUUAUGAAGAUACCGCAGCGCAGGACGCGUACCUCAAAGGUAAUAAGGAUGACUGGAAAAUCGAAGUUUUGGACGAGCCAGGUCACUUUGAAGACUGGUAUACGCAGACCGAACAGGGUCUUCAGUAA